CCAGGAUAUGAUAUUUCAACUGAACAGUCUCGUCGCUUAACUAUAUCUAUAACUAAAAGAAAGAACUUGCUUUUAGAUUAAGAUUUUUCAGAUUUAAACGUCGGAUAUGGCUUGGUCAACGACCGCCGUCUCCAGGAUCAUCGUUACGUGUUUAGCGGCGUUGUUUCUAGCUGUUGGAUUUUCAAUUCCAUUCUGGAUAAGUAUUGUUUUGGAUAGCGAGACGAAAACGUUCAAUACUUAUAUUGGGGUGUGGUAUGUUAUGUCAUGUGUCAAAGGGGAAGCUGAUUCGUGCAAAACCGGGGCUAUAGAUCCCGAUUAUAGCCACAGUGACCUCCUUGGUAAAAUCAACGGCACUUCGCAGGAAAUUAUAGUAUCUACCGCACAGACCCUUUUAGGCAGCGCGGUAUGGUGGUGGGUUUUACAGAUCGUAACAACCGUUGGUUUAGGAUUUGUACUUCUUGCCACUCUGAUCCUUAUAUGUGGUAUAUGUGCUGGUAUACACUCCAAAGGAUUCUUCAUAAUUUCUGGCAUCAUAGAAUUUUUUGGAGGGUUACUGGCAAUAACUACCUCGAUACUGACUGCGAUUGGAAUCGAUCAGUACUUCGACUUCAUAGCAGAAGUUAAAAUAAAUGCCGAAACUUUUCCCUGGUCAGUACUUUGUUUCGGAAUCGGGGGAUUUUUAGCGAUGUUUGGUGCUUUUAUUCCGCUGCGAAGCAGCCGAGCCUUAUAUAAUUUUGAAUAAGACGCAUGAUUUACUGCGGAAUGACACGAUUUAUUUUGCGAGUUGUCAAUAAAAAUGCAACUGCAUAAAACAUUCACAUACGUUAGCUUUACACUUUGGGUUCCUUUAUGAAUUUCUUGCCUUGUUGCAUAACUUUCUUCAAAGGGAAGAACAAUGUUUUCUUAUCUCCGCGUAUACAAAUAAUGGACUGUACAACUGUCCGAUUUCAUGUUAUGAAGAUAGAUAACCGGGACUUAAUGAUAACCAGGUUUACAUUAAAUAAUGUGUAAUGUGUAAACACGUUCCCUUCAUCAAAAGUAUCGUAAAAAACGCAUCAGUGUAAGAGCUGUUGCGUAACAUCUGAAAUUUCCAGUCCAUCAAAGUUCAUCUUGAAGAAAUUUAAAUAUAUUACUUUUUAAAGUUGUGUAUUUUUCUUUUGAGAUGACUUGGAUAGUGCUGUGCUUACAAAUUUUUGGCUUCCAAAACUUUAAUUCCCUUUUUAUUUUGGUUAAAUUUGGUAAUUAAUGUUCCCCUUUAGCUCCAUUUUUUUACCUCUGAGCAGAUCUAAAUAAACAUUCGUAAAAUUAGAUUUUUAUUUGGCUAUUCUCAAAGUAUGCAUUGCAAAGGCAGUCAUUGAGUAAAACCUUUGGCGACGCUGGUGAACGGUGUUGCGCCUUUUGGUUUUUUAGUCGCAUGACAGGAGCUGAAAUAUUAUUAGUUUAUGGCAUGUUGUGUUACUUAGUUUUAUUUUGUUUCUUAAAAAUCAAGUAUACAAAUAUUUUGUUUUAUUUGUAUUAAAUAACUUAAUUUGAAAAGCAUGUGCGUUGUGAUAUUUAUUUUUAUGAGAUGGCGGGCUAAGGUUAACAGGAUAUCCCCUUUUUUCGCUUUAUUGAUAAUACUAAAAGCCGGACUGUUGUUGUGGUCUACAUUGAUUUUUUUUAAAUAACUGGUAUUUUCAUUUUAUGUUAUAAAUGUUAGAUUUGAUUUUUAUGGUCUUCACUGGUUAUUCAUUUUUGUGAAUUAUGCAUUGUUUAUUGUUUUGUUACAUAAAAAAUGUACGGCUAUGUCAAAAUUUUGGUCAGCAGUUAAGGUGGUCUGAGAGAAUGAGACUUUAUUUAUAUAUUUUUUUAAUUUUCCUAGGAAACGUUCACCUGCAAAUAUAUAUAAAGAUUGGAAAAGGAACUGUUGCAGACGAUUAGCCUUAUGAUUUUAAACAACUUAUCUGUGAAUAUACCAGAAUUUGUAACAAAAGCUGUACUGCCAUUGAUUUGAUCUUUGUUUUUGAUACUGAUAGAAUUUCCCAGUCAGGAGUACAAAGUAUCAAUACAUGUUUCAGUGACAAUUGUACAGUUUUUUGUACAAGAAAACUUUCUAAAAUACCUAUUGGUUCCCAUAACACUGUGAAAUUACGUUCGUUGAAAAAAAUAUAAUAAAAAUAACUUUCAAGAUAGUUUAUUGUCAUCUAACUGGUGUGUAGUGUUGUUAAAUGACAAUGUUUCUGUUGCAUGCAAUAACUUUAAAUUUGUAUUUAUGUCAAUUGUUGAAAACAUUGUCCCUGUCAAUUCCCAUUUAACAUAGGACCGAGCCAUGGAUAAAUUCUGAUAUUUUACAAUUAAUUAAUCAAUCAAUCAGAGACAAAUCUUUUAAUAGUAUUGAUAGGAUUAACACUGAUGAAAAUUUUGAAAUUUUUAAAUAUUUGAGAAAUAAUACUCAAGAAGUCAUAUGUAAUGCAAGAAACGUAUUUCUUUGUGGAUAGCAUUUAACAAAAUUAAAAUCAGUAUAAAUCCCUUUGGAAAUCUCUAAAGGAUUUAGGAUUGCCUUCCAAGUAAAUGUCUUCAUUAGCAAAAGCUAAUAUUGGCCUAAAAGUACAUGAAAAUAUUUGCUUUGAUAAAAAUUCCAUAGCUGAAAUUUUCAAUUCUUCUUACACCACUGUUGCAGGUACGCUUGUUGAAAAUAUACCUGUUGGUAAACAUAAUUAUGAUAACGAUUUUGUUAACAAAUUUUAAGCUGACAGUGGUUAUUUAAAACAAUUGUUCUUUUUCACUAAUUACUGAAAACAAGGUUUACAAAUAUCUUAACUCCCUUAGUGCAAAUAAAGUCAUAUCCAUCUCGUUUUGUCAAAGAUGUUGCAUCCAUUACAGCAAGUCCUUAAACACACGUUGUCAACUUAGCAUUGAUAGUAGUGACUGAUGAUAUAAAUAUGGCUAGCACAAGAAAAGUGACAAAACAUGUGUUAGUAAUUAUUGACCUGUUUCAAUUUAAAGAACUGUUUUAAAAUAUUUGAGAGAGUUAUAGAUGACCGAGUUGAGUCUUUUUUUUUGAAAAGGGGUUUGUUUUAUCAGUUUCAGUCAGGCUUUAGAAGUGGUUUUUCAACUGACAUAUGUUUGAUUCAUUAACAGACUAUAUUAGAUUUGAAAUGGACAAAGGCAAUAUUGUAGGCAUGAAAAUUUAGAUCUACAAAAGGCAUUUGAUACAGCUGACCACACCAUACUGCACAUGAAACUUCAAGCAUCUAACAUAGUUAAUGACAUCCAUACUUGGUUCAAUUAUUUUGUCACUGGUAGACAGCAGCUGGUCGAUGUGGCUUGUACUCAUUCUACUACUGCUCCCAUUACCUGUAGUGUCCCCUAGGUGUCCAAUCUAGGUCCUCUUUUGUUUGUAAUAUAUGUCAUGACGCGUCUGCAAUCAUAAGCAAUAAGAUUUUGUUAUAUGCUGAUGACUCAGGUAUUCUUGUAUCUGGUAAAAAUAAAAGUGAAGUUGAAGAAAUAAUCUCUUAUGACAUGAGUAUUAUCAGUGUUUGGUUAAUUGACAAUAAAUUGUCUUUGCAUCUUGGUAAGACGGAGACUAUUCUUUUGGGGUCCAAGUUUAAACUUAAACAGGGUCCUAACCUCCAGGAUACAUGUUAUGGUACUGAUAUAAAGCCCACAUCUUCUGUUAAGUAUUAAGGUGCAACUCUUGAUCAAAAUCUAUCUUUUGAGGCCAUUGCACAAAGAAUUCUUCAAUAGGCAAAUGCCAAAUAAGUUUCUUCAUACAAAGAAGGGAUUAUUUUACCCAACAUACUAAAACAUUAAUGGUUAUGUCUUUUUUGACUAUACAUGUUCGACCAGGGCUAACACAGGUUUUGCAAUAGUAAGCUCCAAACAACACAGAAUAAGUUAAUGAGAUUUAUACUUAAUCUAAAAAAUAGAUCCAAUAUUGGUGCAGAACAUUCAAAAUACGAAAUUGGUUGCCUGUGUGGAAUCAUCCUUUUGAAAACUUGGCUUAGCCCCAGCCUACUUGAGUGAUAACUUUAUUCCUCAAGAUACUGUGCAUAGUUUUACCACACGGAUUUGUAAAAUGGGGGUAUAUUCAACUUUCUUAAGUUAGAGGGUUUUGAUUAAAAUCAUUUUCAUACAUAGGUUGUUCACUGUGGAACAAUUUACCAGCCAGAAUUGCCCACAUUAUACAUCUGCCUGCUUUUAAACUUGCUGUCAAAUGUAUCUUUGAGAUAAAUUGAUUUAAACCAUAUUUUGUGACUAUUUCAGUAAGUUUUAUGAUACAUUUUGCAUGUGUCUUUUAUAAAAUAAAGCUUAUAUAACUUAAAAGAAUUUAUGUCUUAACAAUUAGAUAGAGUUUGAGAGUAACUUAUAUACUUAUCAAAAGCAUAUAUGCUUUACUAUCUGUGAUAAAAAUGUUUUGUUUUCUUUAUUGCUAUAAUAGGAUUAGAUCUAGUCUACUGUGGAUUGUAUAUACACUGUAUAUGGUAGUAUCAACAUAAAACAAAGUAUAUGUGAUACAUUUAUUGUGUGAUACUAUUCUUUGUGAUAUUUUCUGUGAUAUUUUUCAUUGCGUCUCUAUGUCAUGGCAUCAACACCUAGUGACAGCAAUAAAAAUAAGGGUUAAACCCUUUUUUGUGUUAUCCCUUGUGUUGGUGUGCAUGUCAUGGUUGGUUUUUAUGUACGUGUUUGUGUCUUCAUGUGUUAUAUUACAAUGUAUGUUCAUUAUGGCAAAAUAAAUCUUAUCUUAGGUUUGGAAUGAAGAAAAAUAAAAUGGAUUAUUAAACACAACAUUAUAUGAGCCGCGUCACAAAAAAACCAUCAUAGUGCGUUUGCGACCAGCAUGGAUCCAGACCAGCCUGCGCAUCCGUGCAGUCUGAUCAGGAUCCAUGCUGUUCGCUUACCAACUCUAUUACAAGUAAAAUGGUUUCCUGCGGGGAACAUUUUCAAUGAUAUAAAGAUAUUUCAUUUAACUAUUUUCAACAUUGUUUGGGGGGGGGGAUAAAUAAACGUUUGCAUCAGGAAUAUAGUUGACAAUAAUCGAUCAAUAUAGAGGAAGGUCUUUGGUGAUGGUGACCGUUGAAGACCGGAGAAGGUCGAACAUAAAACAAUUAUUUAUUUUAAGAAAAUUAUUAAAUAGGCCUACCAUUUUAUGAAUAAUUCCGAGCAAAAAAAAAGUAAACACACAAGUUUACGCAUAAAAUAUCUCUAUUUAUUAGAUGCCACUACGUAUAUUUUAAUCUUGUAGAUUUUCAGUAUAAACAAUUUGUUUGUAAAAUUUGAGAUAGAUAUUAAAGAAACAUUGAUAAUUUUCAAACACAUCAUUCAAGUUUUUCCACCUUAAACGGUAAAUAAUUAUAGAAAAUUAGAAAUAUCACGUUUUGUUCUUAAUGAGGUGCAAUUCGGACUAAUUCCCUAGAGGUAAAUCCGUAACGUACGGGCAAACGGUAUUUAGCUAGGCUUUCGAAAAGGUCAAUUAACCAAUCAUGUACGGUUUACAGAUCACAUGCUCCUCCAUGUACCGAAAACAGGUCACGUGCUCCUCCAUGCCUCAAAAGUUAAACGCGUACCAAUACCCUGCGGUCUCCAGACCGCAGGGAACAAGUAGAGAAACUGAUAGUGAACAGCAUGGAUCCUGAUCAGACUGCGCGGAUGCGCAGGCUGGUCUGGGUCCAUGCUGGUCGCAAACGCACUAUGUUGGUUUUGUCGUGACGCGGCUCAUAUCUAUUGCACCUUUUUUAGUCUUUCUCUGUUUUUGAACACAUGUUGUCUGAAAAAAUUAAAUGUAGUGAUGAUUUUGACCAAGAAGCCUUGGUUGAUAUAUCAUUCAAUGAUACUGACAAAUAAUGAUCGCUGCUGUAAUAUAUUUAAUUACUAGUUCAUGGGGUCAAUGUCACAGAGGUCAAAUAUAGCUAGGAUCUUUUGGCUUGCAGUUAAAAUAUGUCGGUGUUUUGAUUAUUGUCUUACCUUGAUUUGUAUGUUUAUUUUUAAUUUUUUUCAAAAUUAAAAAGCCUUUAUAAAAUUUAAGAAUUUCUUUUUUAAGUAUUGUUUUUACUUUUCCUCACCUUUGAACAACAUAAAGGAAGUUUACUUUCAGUAAUAUGUGUAGUUUUAUAUGGAAUAAAUGUAUA